AUGGAUGAUUAUUUAAAUGAAGAUUCAGUUAUAAAACAUAAAGCAUGGAAUCUUCAUUUUAUGGAUAAAAGAAAAAAUAAUAAAUUUAAAUAUUCAAAAAAAAAAAAUAUGAAAUACAAUGUGAAGUGGAUAAAAAAAAAAGAUAAUGAAAAUUUAUUCGAGAGAUGGAUUCAAAUAAAAACAUUAAAUGAGAAUUAUAAUUCAGAAGAGGAAAAAGAAAAAGAUGAAACAAAAAAACAAAUAGGAAGAAAUGUACUUUCUAAUAACAAUGAAACAAGAAAAAGUUAUAGAUUAAAUUUACAAAGCAUAUUGAACGAAAACAACACAAAAAAAAAUUAUGUUGAUCCUUCUAGUGAUAUAUCAUCUGAAGAACAAGAAAAUGAUAAUAACACCUAG